GCACCAAUAGUGAAAAUGGUUCUACAAUUGUUGAUUGCUUGUUAUUUACUUGGAGACGACCUCUCUAAUUUUCAUUUCUUUCCCACAGCUAAUUUAAGGAAAUUGAAGGAUUUAUUGCAUAAAAGUGACAACAGGAUAUGUGCAGAUUGUGCUGCCCCAGAUCCUAAAUGGGCGUCAUCUAAUAUUGGAGUAUUUAUAUGCCUAAAAUGUUCAGGUGUACACAGAAGUCUAGGCACUCAUAUCUCAAAGGUUCUAUCUGUGACAUUAGAUGAAUGGUCUGACGAGGAAAUUCAGUCCAUGAUUGAGGUUGGCGGAAACUCUUAUGCCAACUCAAUUUAUGAGGCAUUCCUCCCAGCAGAAUUUUCCAAACCCACCCCAGACUCAUGUAAUGAAGAGCGCUCCAAAUUCAUCAGGUCAAAGUAUGAGCUGCAAGAAUUUUUGAAGCCUAGCCUUCGGAUUGUUUCUUCAAAGACCUCCAGUUCUUUCACAUCAUGUGAUUCCGGGAAGGAUGUGGAUUCUGAUGCCUUGAAUACUUCACAGGCAGGUAUGGUAGAGUUCAUUGGAAUAUUGAAUGUCAAAGUGAUAAAAGGCACAAAUUUGGCUGUUAGAGAUUUACGAAGCAGUGAUCCUUAUGUUGUUCUUACUCUUGGGCAACAGAAGGCGAAGACGACUGUAGUAAAGAGCAAUCUAAAUCCAGUUUGGAACGAGGAGCUUAAGCUUUCAGUUCCCGAGUCUUACAAGGCCCUUAAAUUGGAAGUGUAUGAUCAUGAUCUACUCUCUGCCGAUGAUUUAAUGGGUGAAGCAGAAAUUGAUCUUCAGCCAAUGAUUGCAUCUGCAAUGGCUUUUGGGGAUCCCGAACUCCUAUCUAAUAUGCAAAUCGGGAAGUGGUUGAAAACGGCAGACAAUGCCCUCAUCGAGGACAGCGCUGUGAACAUUGUUGAUGGGAAAAUAAAGCAAGAGAUAUCGCUGAAGCUACAGAAAGUGGAGUCCGGAGAGAUUUUCUUAGAAUUGGAGUGGACUCCUCUUAAUCUCUGAUGCAGUAGACUUUCCCAAUUUUCACUAUAUAUGUUGUAUUUGUCAUCAUUUUUUUUGCAUUUUUCUUGCACUGUAAUUUAUGGCUGCUGUGUUGUACUCUUUGUACAAGUUCCUUUGUUUUGAUUCAAGUUGUUUAUCUUUGAUUUUAUGGGUGUCGAGAAAUUAUGUUUUUAUGUAACUAUUAUCAAAAAUAUAAACUGUGUCAUUGAACAA